UCUGACGAUGAGCUGCGGGGCGCCCGGCGCUGGCUGAACGACUUCAAUCCGAAAUCCAUCCCGGAGUCGAUCUGCGAAGUGACCUACAGCCGCUCCUCCGGGCCCGGCGGCCAAAAUGUGAAUAAAGUCAACUCAAAAGCCACCCUCCGCAUCGCACUCGACCGUCUCCUCCCGCUCGUUCCCCCGCUCCUCCGCGCCCCGCUCCUGCAGGAUCCCCACGUCGCCAAGAAAUCCAACGACAUCGUCAUCCAGUCCGACGAGUCGCGGAAGCAGAGCGAGAACACGCAGAGCUGCCACGCGAAGCUGUUUCAUCUGGUCGCGGACCUCGGCCGGGAACAUAUCCCCGCCGAAACGCCCGAGUCGAAGAAAAAGCGGAUCGAGAAUCUAGCCAAAGAGGCGAACGAAUCGCGGUUGAAGGAGAAAAGGUAUCAUAGUAGCAAGAAGGCCAGCCGUCGUGGG